AUGGCCAUCAUUCACGAUAUGGCGGUCGGCCUGAAGAAAGGCCAUAAAGUCAGUAAAUUAGCAAAAAGAAAGCGCCCUUCUACAAGAAAGGGGACCCAAACGAAGCAUGCCAAAUUUGUCCGUGAUCUCGUUAGAGAUGUCUGUGGAUUUGCACCAUACGAGAAACGUUCAAUGGAGUUGUUAAAGGUUGGAAAGGACAAAAGGGCACUCAAAUUCUGCAAAAGAAGGUUGGGCACCCAUUUGAGAGGCAAGCGAAAGAGGGAGGAGAUGUCGACUGUCAUUCAGAAGAUGAGGAAGGCCCAUGCUAAAUAG